AUGAGGGCAAGUACAAUUUUGAUGGUAUAUCGUUCCCGACUAUCAGACAUCACCAAAUUUGAGAAAAAUAAUAAUAACGUCUCCAUAAAUGUAUACGGCCUCGACAAAAAGUUCCAGGUGCCCCGUAAGUACCCAACGUACGAAGUGUAUCCGCUGCGUGUUGUCGACGAAGAAAAAAAGGAACACUUCGACCUGUUAUUGGUAACGGACGGUGACAACUCGCACUAUGUGUACAUUUCAAAUUUUUCCCGGCUCAUACGUGCGCAGAAAACGAUACACAAUGGGAGUGUCAUUUUUUGUAAAAGGUGCUUCACCAGCUUUGACAACCAAAAUUUUAAAUUCAAGUUGAGCGGACAGGAGGCCCUGGACCAACAUAAAUUGAUUUGUGGGGCGCAUAAACCCAUUUUACCCGAGAUGCCGAAGGAGGGUGAUUGUGUUGAGUUCAGGGCGUGGAAAAAAACGGUCAGGUACCCGUUUGUUAUAUACGCAGAUUUCGAAUCAUUGCUGGUGAAGACGGAAGAGAAGAGGGGCGAUAGUACCACAAUUAUACAGAGACACGAAGCUAUGAGCUACGGGUUUUUGGUGAAGGCGAGCGAUGACGUACCGGCGGAAUUAUUGGCGGAGUACGAGAUACCGGCGGGGCCGGUAAUCUACAGAGACAGCGAAGACAGGACGGACGUGGCAAACAUUCUGUGGAGACGAUAG